AAAACUUCCCCCACUUUGCUUUAUUAGAGAAAAUGAAGCUGUAAUUGCACUUGAGUUUGAUUCAUUAAUUAUUCUUCAUAUUACUUUCACCAAUGGAGUUUGCGGGGGAGCUUUCUCACAUGGAGAAUGGAUAUUCUAAGGGCAAAGAAUCAUGGAAUAAUGGAUUAAGGACAGCUCAAAACAUGUCCACUUCCCUUUUGCGGAAGAAAUCCGAUCCAAUGCUGGUUUCAAAACUUCGGUUUCAGAUGCUUAGACAGUUCUUAGCCAAUUUGCAAGAGGUCGUUCUUGGUACUAAGCUCGCUGUUCUCUUCCCUGCCAUCCCUUUAGCCAUUGCUGCUGAUUUCUAUAAGUUUGGAAGACCUUGGAUAUUUGCUUUGAGUUUGCUUGGACUUACCCCACUUGCUGAGCGUGUCAGCUUCCUCACUGAACAAAUUGCAUACUACACCGGUCCAACAGUUGGAGGACUCUUGAAUGCAACUUGUGGCAAUGCAACAGAGCUGAUAAUAGCUUUAUUUGCUCUCUACCAAAACAAAAUACAUGUUCUCAAGUACUCUCUCUUGGGUUCCAUUCUCUCAAACCUCCUACUUGUUCUUGGCUCCUCUCUCCUUUGUGGAGGCUUAGCCAACCUGAAAAAGGAGCAAAGAUAUGAUAGAAAGCAGGCAGAUGUUAACUCUCUCCUGCUGUUGCUGGGAUUGCUUUGCCACAUGUUGCCAUUGAUGUUUAGAUAUGCGGCAGCGCCAGGCAUUUUCAUUGAUGAUCACUCUAUUCUUCAGCUGUCAAGAGCAAGUAGCAUUGUUAUGCUUGUAGCUUAUAUUGGAUAUAUCUUCUUCCAGCUAAAAACUCAUAGGCAGAUUUUCGAGUCUCAGGAGGAAGAUGAAGAAGAAGAAAAGGCAGUGAUAGGAUUUUGGAGUGCAUUUAGCUGGUUGGUUGGUAUGACACUCAUCAUAGCUUUGCUAUCUGAGUAUGUUGUGGGCACAAUUGAGGCUGCAUCAGAAUCUUGGGGCAUUUCUAUUAGCUUCAUCAGCAUAAUUUUGAUACCUAUUGUGGGGAAUGCUGCUGAACAUGCUGGAUCAAUCAUAUUUGCUUUUAAGAACAAGUUGGACAUAUCCCUGGGUGUUGCUUUGGGUUCUGCAACUCAAAUUUCUAUGUUUGCAGUUCCCUUGUGUGUUGUAGUUGGCUGGAUAAUGAGAAUCCAAAUGGAUCUUGAUUUCAGUCUUCUCGAAACUGCUUGUCUUGCCUUAACUAUAAUAGUUGUAGCCUUCACUUUACAGGAUGGAACUUCACAUUACAUGAAAGGAGUAGUUCUUUGCCUUUGUUACGUAGCCAUUGCAGCAUGCUUUUUUGUUCAUAAAAUUCCUGCCCCAUUAGAUCAAACUCAAGUCAACCUGGGACUCAAACCAUCAUCUGGAUUCUCAGCCUAGCCAGCACCGCCUUUUCGGGGUGGUUUCUGCCCCAAGUCAAGGACGACAUUGCUAUCAUCCAUUUUCCCAACCCAUGAAAAAUAUUUUCAUUUUCAUUUCCAUUUCCAUAAAAAAAAAAAAAAAGGGACUCUUUGGAGAUUUGAGCACUGAGAAGAGUGUUACAGACAUGAAAAGUUGAGGCCAUUUUCAAGUUAAUACAUGAGAAGAAACCGAACUUAGUCAUUCGAAAAUGUUUGUAAGUACACUCUGAUUAUGUGAUUCAUUAAUAAGGGUUUUGUCUCAAUUUUUUAGUUCAUAAUAGCAGCAAAAAAAAAAAAAAAAA